ACUUUCUUGAAUAUAUAUUGAUUGUGAUAUUCAUACUUGCAAUUGCUGGGAUUAUAUUUAGAUUUAACCCACCAAGCUCACCUACCAGCACAAUUUCAACCGAAGAUUUCAUUCCCGAUGAAAAGCAUUUCAAUUCAAUUAGUUUACAAAAUGGACAUUCCCUUGAUGUAGUGAAAAUCAAAACCAAUCCAAGAUGUUCGUUUGUUGUUACUAUCGGAUUAGAUCACAAAAUUUUAAUUUGGUCCCCAUUAAGUUCUACUUCCAAACCUACAGAUAUUUCCAGCAAAGUCAAUGAUAAGGAAUUUUGGCCAAUUAAUCAUGUUUCGAUAAGUGAAGAUGGAGAUUAUACUGUAUUGAUCAAUUUUAAAUUUGGAAUAAUUAAAUGUUUUAAUCGAACUGACAUGCUGUUUGCUUGGAUGCAUCAAAAUAAUGAUUUUCUUGGCCAACGGGAUAAACACCCAAAGAUCUUGGAAUCAUUCUUUAGAAAGAAAACCGUGCCUGGAUUCUUGGCAAGAAAAAUGCUCUCAAACCGAACACCUAGUCGAAGAGGAAGUGAUGCUUCAAUAAAUGGUAACUACCCACCUCCACCAAUCUCUAUGAAAUCAUUUGGUGAACGACAACGAGAGAUUGCUAGAGAGGCCACACCACCUAUACCAGACUCUCAAUUGAUUAAAGAUGAAUUUGUAAUAAUAUUGGAAACAGGUGAAUUGAUUGUGUAUUCGUGUACCGAUGGUAAAAUCAAAUCUUCCAACAUGAUUACCUCAAUUUACGGAACUGAAACUGAUUUGAAGAUACUUUCUGCCAAGAAAAUACGAACUCCUAGAAUUAAUGAUAGAAUUGUUUGCCAAAUGAGCAAUUCAGAUUUAAUUGUUGCAACUGUGAUAAAUAAUAGUUGGAAAUUUAGAAAAUUAGCCAUUAAACAAGGUCAAUAUAAUCAAGAAAACAAAUUUAUUCGACCCAGUUCAACUGCAAUUGCCCCUUCAACAUCAGCCAAUGAUUUCACAUCAAUGUAUAAAGAAAAACCACAAGCUACACCUCCUGAAAUUAAAGGAUUGAAGUUAAAUGUUUCAUGCAUAGUUCCACUUGAAUUUUUGGGUAUGAUUGUUGUUGUUAAAAACUUGGUUUGUGAGUUAAUUGACAUUCAAACGGGAAUUGUGUUGAAACAAUUUCAUAUUGCUAACUUUAAACCAAACAGUUUUAGAGUAACCCACCUGGAACCUACCCAUUGUAAAUUUUGUGGAUGUGCCUCUAUACAAGCUUUGUCAAUUGUUUAUGAAGAUUAUGAUAGCAGUACUAUUAUCACUCAAACAUAUAAGAUUGAUGAACAAAGGUCGAAAAGUAACAUUUGUUUAAGAGUUGAAAGAGAUCCUCGAGAAAUUAGAUGUCUUGGGUUUAAUGCCGUAUCUGAACAUCAAUAUUGGUUCAGAAAUGUGGUUAGUUGGGAAAUGACUGAUGUAAAUAUGAUUAUUGGGAUAAUCAAAAAGGACAAGGUUGAUAAUGACGAAGAAGGAGAUGAAUCAGAAAAAAUGGUGGCUAAUGUCAAAUCCGGUGAUAAAUUUGAUCAAUUGGUUGAAAAUCGAUGCUUGACUUCAUUAAGAAACAGACGAAAGCAUGGUAAAUCUUCUGGAUCCAAAUCAUUGAAUGAUAUUUAUGAAGGAUUUAUCGUAACCGUAUCAGAUGGUAAGAGAAGCUAUUAUCAACUUCCCACUAUUGAAGGCGAGAAGCACCGAGAUUUCUCUCAUGAACGUAUAAACGCAAUUGAAAGAUACGGGUUCAAGUCCAUAAUUUGUAAUUUUGGGAAUCUUCUUGAAAUUUAUUAUUUGGGUAAUGAUAAGUUGAUUGAACAGGACAUAUACUAUAAUCCUGAUGUUUGGUCGCAAGAUAAUAAAAGUACACUCAAUGGAACAAGGGACAGUACUAACAGACCUCCACAAAAUAGUGAAUUGUUAUUCAUUAAUAAGCGUCGGACUAUGGGCAGAAGGAAGUAAUAUUAUAUAGUUUAUUCUGCAUGAGUCAAUCGAUAUAAACUUUUCAGUAC